UAAUGAUACAAGUGUACGAAAAAAAAAUCACAAAUUUUAAUUAAAUUUCGUCGUCGUGGUCUUUAUGGUCGUCUAUCUAUAAAUAUUUUUUUUAAGCUGAUUUCAAUGUUAAAAUCUCGUAGAAAACUUGUGUAGUGUAAAAAUAGAGAGAAAUACUGAAUGAAAUAUACUUUUUAAAAUGUAUAUAUAAAAAAUAUACUUUUCGCCUACUUGAACAGUAUGAGGAAGAACUUUGCACAGUGCAGAACUCAAGUGUGCUAAAAGUAAAAUUCGCAAAAAGUUAACUGCAAACAGACUCGGAUCUGUGGCAGUUUUUGAAUUAAUUAAAACAAAAUAAAGAGAAAUUAAAUCAUAAAAGACCCCAACUAGUCUACGAAUCAGUAGAAUUUGCUGGAAAAGUCCAAAACAAUAAAUAAAUGAAACUGUAAAUAAAUCUAAAGCAAAAAAAAAAACAAAAAAGACAAAAGAUGAUUUACAUUGAUGAGACAUAUCCCUUUGAUGAGCCUGAACCUCUUUUCCCUUAUCAAAAUGUCACAUUAAAGACAAAUGUGGAUCCCGCGACUAAAUAUGACAUCUUGCCAGAGCUUGGGCGAGGCAGUUUCGGUACCGUUUUCUUGUGUAAGGAACAAAAAACGGGUCUUGAGCUCGCCGCCAAAAUUGUCAAGUACAAGAAAAAGAAGGAACGCGCCGACAUGGAACGCGAAAUUGAUAUCAUGAGUUCGUUGCAUCAUCCAAGACUGAUUCAGAUGUAUGAUGCCUUCGACUAUGACAAUCAUAUUUAUGUAGUUUUGGAAUUAAUUCAAGGAGGAGAGCUUUUUGAACGCGUGAUCGACGAAGACUUUGUACUCACAGAACGCGCUUGUGCGAUUUUCAUGCGACAAAUUUGCGAGGGAAUCGCUUAUAUUCACAGCAAACGCAUUAUCCAUCUAGAUAUGAAGCCUGAAAACGUUUUGUGCUUAUCCAAAGAAGGAAAUCGUAUCAAAAUUAUCGACUUUGGGUUCGCCAGACGUUACGAUCCAAGAAAGCCUUUGCAAGUGAUGUUCGGAACGCCCGAAUUUGCUGCUCCAGAAGUGAUCAACUUUGAUGAAAUUGGCUUUUAUACGGAUAUGUGGAGUCUCGGCGUCAUUUGUUACGUCUUGGUUUCGGGCUUGUCGCCAUUCGUGGGUGACGACGAUGUCCAGACAAUGACGAAUGUCACGCUCGGCAAGUACUCCUUCGACUACCACUCGUUCGACGAUGUGUCGGAUCUGGCGAAGGACUUUAUCAGUCAGUUGCUCGUGAAGGAGGGCUGCAAACGCAUGAGCGCCAAGAAGGCGUUGCGGCAUCCGUGGUUGGCCGAGUUGCAACGCGAACGCGAAUUGUCAGUGACAAAAACAAAAUUAAAACGUUAUGUUAUUAAAAAGCGCUGGGUCAAGGCCAUCAAUACGAUAAUUGCGAUACAGCGGUUCAAGAAGCAUGGCGGCAAUGCGCGAUUGGCAGAGAAGGAAAUCUAAGACAAUUCUUUAGUUUUUAGGGCGACAGAGAGAUAUUUAGCCGGUUUUACUGCUACUUUAUUUUUUUACUGAAAUGAAAAAAUGUUUAAACUAAAAAAAAACUAGAAUUACUGAUAGAGAGGCAUUAGACUUGAACGGAAAAGUCACGCAAAUGUGACGUGAUGACGUUCAAGAAUCUGGAAACCUGAUGAUAUUGUAUUUAUUUUUACUUAAUUUUAUUAAUAUACAGAUUUUAUUUUAGCUCUUAAGAAAUAUUUAGCAAGACAGGAGAAU